AUGAUUCCUACACUCUCCCUCCUUCCUCUUUUCUUCCUGCUUGCCAAAAGCGCGCUUGCCAGUCUCUUCACGGAUCCCAGUCAACUAAGAAGUACGACGUACGAUUACGUGGUUGUUGGAGCUGGGACUGCGGGGAGCGUUCUUGCCAACCGCCUGUCAGAAGAUCGCCACGUCAGAGUCCUUGUCAUUGAAGCCGGUCGGAGCGAUAAUGGAACGGAUGUAGCCAAUAUUCGCAUUCCCUUCAAUGCACCGAUAGCCACCCCAGGCACACCCUUCGAUUGGAACUAUACCACCGUCAACCAGGGCUUCCUGAACAACCAACCUGAAGCGUACCCGCGAGGAAAGGUAUUAGGCGGAACCAGCACUACUAACUAUCUGGUGUACACUCGGGGAGCGUCUAACGACUACGACCGACUUGCUACAGUUGCAGGUGAUGAUGGUUGGACAUGGGACAACCUUCACCCGUAUAUCAUGAAGCAUAGUAGUUUUGUAGCCUCCGCUGACGGACACAAUACGAGUGGGCAAUUCGACCCUGCCUGGCAUGGAAAUGGCCCUCUGAGGACUUCGGCUCCUGGCUUCCCCACUGUAAUGGAUUCUCGGGUUAUGGAAACGACGCAGACCCUGCCCGAUGAAUUCCCGUUCAACGUCGACAUGAAUUCGGGAAACCCUCUUGGAGUUGGAUGGACUCAGUCUGCAAUUGCUAACGGGACACGACAAAGUGCCGCGACUGCAUUCCUCGGACCUGUUCUCUUCAGAUCGAAUUUAGAUGUCUUGAUCAACACCCAAGUCACUCGCCUUAUUCAGACUGGACGUGCCAGUGGGAAGCCUGAUUUCCGCAGCGUUGAGUUCGCACAGAGUGCGACGUCCCCACGUUAUCGUGCUACAGCUCGGCGAGAAGUGAUCCUGUCGGCUGGUACUAUCGCCACUCCUCAGGUCCUCUUAUUGAGCGGAAUCGGUGAUCGAGGGGCUUUGUCGCGAUUGGGAAUCAGGACUAUCAUCGACAACCCACACGUCGGCAACCAUCUUCAGGACCACCCCUUCGUCCCACUUCAAUGGGAAGUCAACAGUAACGAAACAUUCGACCAAUUCUCCUACAACCCCGACGCCGCUGCGGCCGCUCUUGAUCAAUGGAACUCCAACCACACUGGACCCUUCUCUACGAAUCCGAUUGCAAACCACCUUGCUUUCCUCCGAAUCCCGGAGAACAAUUCAAUAUGGGAGCAAUUCGAAGAUACGUCCUCCGGGCCUCAUGCUCCGCACUAUGAGAUCGCAUUUGACAACCUUUACAUCUCGACUUCGGUGGAGAAUCGCCCUACAAGUGGUGGCUUCUUAAGCGUCACACUGAUUGUAACAUCGCCAACGUCGCGAGGCUAUGUGAAGCUCAACUCUAGUAACCCAUUUGAUCACCCUUUGAUAGAUCCCGCUUUACUGUCUACGGACUACGAUAUGGCCAUCAUGGUGGAGGCCAUCAGAGCCGCACAACGAUUUGUUGACGCUUCGCCGUGGAGUGGAUUCAUCAUUAGUCCAUCAGUUGAUUCCGCCCAGACUACCACUAUCGAUAGUAUUAUCGAAUAUAGUCGUCGCCGCGGUGCUACGUCUGAUCAUCCUACUGGCACUGCCCAAGUUGGAAAAGUCGUUAACGGUGACUUGACUGUCAAGGAUGUUAGCGGACUUCGCGUCGUUGAUGCAUCUAUUUUUCCAUAUGUCCCCACCGCACACACCCAAGCGCCCGUUUACAUCAUCGCUGAAAGGGCUGCGGACCUUAUCAAAGCUGCUCACAGGAAUUAA